UGUGCGCAGAACACAGAAGAGAAACUUCCUUGACUGUAGAGCUCAGUAUUCUGACAGCGCAGCGAGGACGCCUUUUCACAUGCUGGAACACAUGAAUUAAAAAUAAACUGGGAGAUAUAUUAGAGGACCAUGAGCCGUGGAUCUAAAGCUAAACUGGACAGCGUCCGGAGCUCACUGCUGAAUUCGCAGGAGAAUGAGCAGUUGGAGGAGCUGCUGGGCAGAAGAUGUGCUUCCAUGGCCGCUGCAGUAGCACAGCUGUUCAUGGCUCUGCCUCACAGUCCAUCCAUGUGGAGCUUGCAGCACACUGGAGUGGUGUGCUUCAUCAAAGACAACCCGCAGCGCUCCUACUUCAUACGGAUGUUUGAUUUGAAGACAGGGAAGCAGGUUUGGGAGCAGGAGAUCUACAACCAGAUUGUUUACUCCUCUCCGCAGCCGUACUUUCAUACCUUCGCUGCGGACGACUGUCAAGUCGGACUGAACUUUGCCCAGCAGCAGGAAGCAGAAGCCUUCCAGAAUGCUGUGGAGGAUAAAAUCAACCAGAGACACAACCGUCAGGAUAGGAAACAGCGCCCCCUGCCGCCGAGUGAUAGAGGUUCCAUGCCUCGACUCCCUGAAAUAGCAUCACCUGGCAGCCCUGGUUCUCUUCACAUGACCACAGUGGACAUCCAAAACCCAGACAUCCAUACUUCCCGCUACCGCUCCACGCCUCCACCUGCUGCUUCCUUAUCUCUGAUCAGCAAAGGGAAGAAGGAUAAGAAGAAAGGGAAAAAGGGGCCCAAAUUCUCCAAAGCAGACAUAGGGGCACCCAGUGGAUUUAAGCAUGUUAGUCAUGUCGGCUGGGAUCCCAACAACGUUGACCCUGAUCUGUGGAAGCUGCUCUCCAAAGCCGGCAUCAGUGAAGAUCAGAUGAAGGAUGAAAAGACCUCCCAGCUCAUCUAUAAUUUCAUCGAGGAGUCUGGAGGCAUGGAGGCGGUCAAAAGGGAGAUGAACCAAGCUGGCGGACCUCCACCACCUCCACCUGGCAGACAAGGGCCUCUGCCUCCUGUGCCGGGCUCCUCUGCUCCAAACCCUCCACCUCCGCGAGGCCGCUCCGGCCCCCUGCCUCCCGUCCCAGGCCAUUCACCUCGAGGGCUCCCGCCCUCCAACCCGCCUCCUGCACGAGGAGCAGUGCCACCCCCACCUCCAGCAACAAACAGAGGUGGUCUUCCGCCGCCACCAGCGCACUCUGCACCUUCUCACUUCUCCUCACCGCCAAAGUCCUCUCAUGUCCCGCCUUCGAUCUCCUCACACAACCUGCCUCCUCCCCCGCCGCCGAGCCAACAGCGCUCCAUGGGUUUCCCACCUCCUCCUGUUCCAUUUGCACCCAGCAGAGGAGGUGGAGGGCCUCCUCCUCCUCCUCCCCCUCCACUCCCCCAAACCUCUAUUUCUUCACAUUUCCCACCUCCUCCUCUUCCUGGAGGCCAAUCAAAACCACCGCCGCCACCUGUCCCUGCACCCGUAGGAGAAGGACCCGGCAGAGGUGCUCUGCUGGAUCAGAUCCGACUGGGGAAGAAGCUCAAAAAUGUGACAGACAGUCCUGAUGGACCUACAACUACAGAGUCAGAUGAGGGCAUCGUUGGUGCUCUCAUGAUGGUCAUGCAGAAGAGGAGUAAAGUCAUUCAUUCCUCUGAUGAAAGUGAAGAUGAAGGUGGAGAUGAGGACGAAGAUGACGACGAAUGGGAUGACUGAUGUUGACGUUUGUGUGGAUUUUGAACUUAUGGAAACCUCUUAAUUGCAACAGUGGUACAAGUUGAAUGUCAAGUAUAAUAAUUACUAAUAAAACUGGAAUGUGACUUGAGGUCAAAUAAUUCAAUAGAAAAGACUUGAAAGUGAAAGAAAACAAGUUUAUGAGAGUUUUGAAAUGUUUAUAUAUUUGUUCGAACGUUCCAGUGUAGGUUCAUCAUAGUGACAGCACUGUGUUACAAUGACGGUGAAUGGUGGCGCUGACUGGAAAACAAAUCUUGUUCCUUACGCUUCCUCUAAAAAGAGCAUUUUUUAAAGUCUGUGAAUACAGCAUAUGACAGAACACCAACAACCAAUACUAAAUCUGAGCCAGUUCCAUUCCCAGUUUUAUAACAACAUACUGGACAUAAAAAAAAAAUUUCCUUUUUCAUUUUCUCAUACAUCUGUGCAAAGAUCCCAAAUUCCCUCGAAUACCAACACCGACAAAGUGCAUAACUGGAAGAACACUGUAUGCUAUACAUAUCAACACUCACAUACUAGAGCACAAGACAGUAGGGGAGUCAUUAUAUGACAAAACCCAAUGGAAUUAGCUUAACAGAAAACUUUACAGCAUACAAACAUCAUUACACACCAAGUAAAAUGUACAACUUGCAAACACAUGCAUGCAACAUAUGCCUUUAUCAUCAUAUUAACUUCAUACAAUACAAGAGUAAUCCAAUGACCAUAUAUAUUAUAUUCACAAUCAAUAUAUUACAUUUCUGUUUCAAGAUAAUUGACAGUACCAUACCUGUGGUUCUGCAUGUUGAAGCCUAUUAACUACGUGCUGCAUUUACUUUACAUCACAUACCAUUAUCCAAAACAAACAUGGAAUAUGCGAUCCAUCUCAACGAGCAGUCUAGUUUAGAAAACGCAUCUUUGUUGGUGCUCUCAAGGACAAUCCAAAAGUUAAGGAUCAGUUGACGAAAAUGUCUGCUUUUGCAAGAUUUAUUGUUGGAAAUCAAACCUAGAAAACAGAUAAUAAGCAAAUACGGAUGUUGUGAAAAUUGUUUUUUUGCACUAAAAACAUUGAUCUUCCACAGUGAUUCUCAAGGUGCUGAUGCUGGGCUUUUUCCACAAGCACCUGAAUAAUUUUAAGGUUUAAAACGAUCCCUACGAUAGGUGAUCAAUCUUGAAAAAAUAUUAGGGUCAGGCAUAUUCAUCAUGAGAAUAAAGUUGAAAUUUGAGUAUAUGCGAUGACGCUAGUAGUUUGAUUAAUUUUCAAAAGUUUAUUCUCAAAAUGCAAAAAAAAAAAAAAAAAA